AUGGGAAACCUGUUACAUCAGUACAACAGAGAAAGGAGUGCAGGUGCCUUCACAGGGAGGGGCCUAGCUGAUGACAGAUGACGUGACCUUGCCUUUGCUUUCUACCAUUCUACAUCCCCAUAGACUGUUCUUGAAGGGUUGAGUGAGCAUCAGAAUCAACAAUAUUCCAAAAGUACCUGGAGAACUAUUUGCCAUACAUUUUCAGCCUUAUCAUCAUUUGAGCUCAAUGAACUUGAACUUGAUUUAAUCAAAGACUACAUACUAGAAAGAGGAGAGUUGGUAUACCAAGAGGUUUGGCAAAGCUGGAGUGUAUCAAGAGAAGUUGAAGAAAUAUUUGUGAUCGUCCAUUUGUUGACUUAUCAUCAUUUGAGAUUAUUUCAUCACCUGUAUACUUGGAAGAGGAGAAAGGCCUAUUGUGACGUAAGUAGCCCUUUUUAUCAGUUACUUAGAUUAUCAAUUUCUCACUGUCUAUUUUGUUAAGUCUUUUUCAGUCUGUUUCAAUAAUUUAUUGCUUGCUGGAAAGAAACUGAACAUUGAUUUACCGGUCAAUAAAAAUAAGUCCUUCUUGAAUGAUUUGUGAGCUCUUCAGACACUCAAACCAUUGAUGUUUCAUUAUAAAGCAGUGGGAGAUUGAUUAAAUUGUUUAGUCAGUACUGCUUGUAAACAACAUCUUCAUUUACUUCUUCGUCUACAUUUUAUGAGUUGCAAAUGUACACAGACACGGGGCUACACGAUUUCUCCAACAUCAAAUGACUGAGUGCCUUUCACAUGUUGGGCCCCGUCACAUUUUUUGUUGUUGUUGAAUUCUAACAUCUGCCUCUGAAGUAUUCAAAUCUGUGGGAAAACACAGAGGCACCACUAUCAAAUUGAUUUCCAUCAACUGGAUCCAUCUUUUUCUACAGAUCUCAGUACAUUUAAAAAGGCACCGCCAGCAGACCAAUCAAGAUGGAUAAGUUCCGUAUGAUGUUCCAGUUUCUCCAAUCCAACCAGGAGUCCUUUAUGAACGGCAUCUGUGGUAUCAUGGCCCUAGCUAGCGCCCAGCUCUACUCAGCCUUCGAGUUUAGCUGCCCUUGUAUCCCAGAGUACAACUACGCCUAUGGGAUUGGACUACUGGUUACCCCACCUAUAUGGUUCUUCCUACUAGGGUUCGUGUUGAAUAACAAUGUUUCGAUGUUAGCUGAGGAGUGGAAAAGACCGACAGGGAAGAGGGUGAAGGAUCCGACGAUCCUUCGUUACAUGUUCGUUUCGAUCACGCAGCGGUCCUUGAUCGCGCCCAUGGUGUGGAUAUCUGUGACUCUUAUGGACGGGAAGAGCUUCCUGUGUGCGUUCAGCGUCAACUUGGACAUUCAUCAGUUUGGGAAUUCUACCCUCAUUGAUGGAAUGACGGAAGUGGAGAUUGUUAAAUUGUUAGCGAAGAUUCCAUGCAAGAAUAUCUUCAAUCAGCCCGAGGUGAUAUCGAGAGAAGCGGCAUCGAGAUAUAUCAAGUGUAUAUCCCAGGCGUUUGGCUGGGUAUUCCUACUGCUGAUGACCUUAGCAGCCUUCAUGAUACGAGCCAUCCGACCUUGCUUCACCCAAGCUGCCUUCCUCAAGACCAAAUACUGGUCUCACUACGUCGACAUCGAACGCAAGCUCUUCGACGAGACGUGCAAGGAGCACGCCAAGACCUUCGCCAAGGUCUGCAUCCAGCAGUACUUCGAGAGCAUCAGCGGCGACAUGCGCAGCUUCCACAAGCACCGGUCAAGCAAAGAUGACAGCGACGACGAUGAUGAUGAUGACAAGAAGAAGAGCGACGAGGACAAGCUUCUCGGGAUCCGCGACCAGGACGAUAUGAAUAAAGUUCUGUGGAAUUGGCACACGUGCAAGCCGCCUCUGGCACUGAGGAAGGAACAGCCGGAUGGAGAAUCCCAUGAAGGGCUCAUACCAAAUGGAGAUGUCCGUGGAGUCAGUGGAGGGCCAAAUGGAUAUGCUAACGGUCACGCUCCCGAUUUGCCCAAGAGGGAAUGGGCGGCAUACUACAGCAAAGUUUGAACAUUUCAAAAGAGGAAAAAGCACCAUUCACUGUAGCAUGGAUAUUAAGCACUGAUUGACUAUUUAGACUGACAAGACUGAUUGUCCUUUAAGAUUUAGACUGUGGUUUAAAGAUAGAAUGAAGUCCUUUUUGUGGUGUGAUCAUUUAUAAUAAUGAACAUUUUGAUGGAGGGCUUAGUUGGAAAUGUUUCCUGGCAUCCAACAUCAAACCCUCCCACAUUGGCACGUUUGUUGUUCCUUGGUUUCAGGAUGGUUAACUGUAUUUUUUG